GUUUUCAACCCUCUCUUCCCCUCAUUUCGAGAUCAAGAUUUCGAUUUCCCAUGGGGAUCGGUGUCUCUUUGUUCUUCACUUCAUGGAUAGAUUACAGAUCGGCGAUUAGGGUUUUAACCUUGUUUUUUGAGUAUUCCUUGCAUAUUUUAAGCUUGAAUUCUUUGAAGGCUAUCGAAGUUGAAGUUGAAGUUGAAGUUGAAGUUAAUAAUUGUCACCACUUCUAAACAAUAUCGUCAAUCAGUUCUUCUUAUCUUUUGUUAGAUUCUUUUCAGUCGUGGUGACUGGAAGUGGGGAUUGGGAUUCUUAUUGUUUCGUUCAAAAAGAACAAGGAUCAUUUAGUUGACGUUCUCGGUCUGGUUGCUUGGUUUGGAAUCGCUCGCACUGGCUUAUUCUUCUAUUGGUUGCAAGGAUUUUUUUGGCUGGUGGAUUGCCUCCCAAUGUUCUCGAUCUUUUUGACUUCAAAAUAUUAUUCCAUGAAUCGGAUAUGUUGUUCUAUGCAUAUAUAACAUGGUUAUCAUUCCUGGGGAAUUGUAUUGAUGGUGCAUUCUCUGUGCAAUCAUGGGAGUGCUCUACACAGAGAACUGUAGAAUCUUUUUCAUUAAAGUCAUUUCAGUGGGGUCGUUACUGAGUUACACUCGACAUGUUUGAAAGUUUAAAACUUUUUCUUUACUUCUGUAACUAUAUUCAUUUCUUCGUUCUUUCUUGAGUAAUUUGCACCUAUAUGACUGUUAAGAAACACGAAAAGAAGGAAAGCAAGAGGAAUGAUCUGGCUCUUCAGCUGAUGACAAAUAGUUGGGACAGACCUAUUAAUAUAUGAAGUCACAUCUAAGUCUGCAGUGUAGAAAUUUGACUGCCGAUUCCUGAGCUUUAGCUGGCAAUUUUAGGCAAGCCACCAUGUGCAUUGAGAGAUUGAGUCUUGCUUGUUAAGCUAACUGGACGAUAAGCUUUUGGUAACAUGCAACGCUUGCGAAAUUCUGUACUGAAGCAUGUGCGAUUGAGCUGCUCCACACAGCUACAUGGGCUUAACACAUGUGAAAAGUCACUCUUUUGGCCAAGCAGAUACAUGUCAUUGGCAUCAAACAAUUCUGGUUCAGAACAUAUCAUGACUCGUGUAAUUGAGCUGGUUAAAAAGUUUGAUAAGAUAGAUGCUAGCAAGGUGAUUCUUUAUCACAAACAGGUCACAGAGACAGCUGAUUUCCAAAAGGACCUAUGUUUGGAUAGCUUGGAUCGAGUGGAGCUGGUUAUGGCUUUUGAGCAGGAGUUUUCUGUUGAAAUUCCUGAUGAGAAGGCAGAUAAACUUUCUUGUUGUGCUGAUGUGGUGAAAUACAUAUUAUCUGAAGCUCAGCCCAAUAAUGUGGGGAGCUCCUGAUUGGAUAGCUAGUCCUUUGAUAUGGCAGAAAGAAUCAUUAGGGUUUCCUUGUGGCACAUCAUUUUUGUUUUAACCCUUCCUUUUUGUGUUGUUUCUGUCUGAUUUCUUAAAGAUUUUGAAAUCAUUUGUCAUGGGCAUCAUGAUAUGAAUUACUAUAAUCAUUUGUAUUCUUCAAUUAGUAUUUCUUGUUGCGAGAAGGCUUCUUGUUUACAUUGAGUAAGAUGGAUUCGGUUGCAAUAUAGAAAUGACAGAUUGUUGAAACUAUCGCAUCAUUGUGUUGUUAUUGGGAAACAACAUUUGUUGGGCACAUUUGUAAUACGUAAUCGUGUGACUAGUAUUGCACGAAGGACGUGAUUGUUCUAUGUUUUGUUUUAAUUUGGUAUGUAAAAUAUUUGGAAGCCUGUAAUAGCUGCUUAUCCUGAACAAUAUUAAUUUUUGCCCAUUUC